UCAUUCUGUCUCCUCAUUCUCUCCCCCUCUCUCUCUUCUCCUCUUUGUCCGUAUCCUCUUCUCAAUAUGCAUUCAUGGAUGUCUAGUAUAACAGACUAACCCCCCCCCCAUCAUCCAUUAUCCAUCCAGCGAUGGGUCCUCUAUAAGCCCCUCUAUGUCAUCAUAGACCAGAUUGCAAUCCACUCCUCCAAUAAUCUCCUUGCUCCUCCUCAUCUUCACCUUGUUCCUCCAUUUAACAUCCAGUCAAUCUUUUCUCUUUCAGCCCUCUAUCCUGUUCAAAUACCUUCCUUUCGCUAUAUAACCCGCCCUCAGAACAGGUCACCCCAUAUCCACCCUUCUUCUCCCUCCCCAGAGACCCCUGGCCCCAGGGUCCCUACCUGUCCCCAACCAUGGAGCCCCGCAGGACCCCUCCAGAGUACUUCCUGGAGAUCUUCGCCGAUAAAACCACCGUCCGAGAUGUUUUGAAAGGCGUCCUCAACCUAAUCUUCUUCCAUCGCUACUUCCCCUGCAUCCGUCCCAAAACCUUCGACGUCCUAGACUUUACCCUCCCCGUCAUCAACGACGUCGACCUCGAAACCCUCAUCGACUCGCGCAUCAGCACCCUCGUCCGCCAACACGCCACCUCCGCAGCGAGUACCCACGACGGCGCCGGCGCCGGCGGUGGCGGAAGCGGAGGCGGCGUGCGCGGCCGCAUGGCCGUCGAAUUCUACGAGAAGAAGCGGCGACGCUCGGGGUUAUGGUUUGGGGGGUUAGCAGGGAAGGGCGAGGAAGAGGUCUGCUGGGAGGUGUGGAACUUGGAUGUGACCAUCGCGACCCCGCGAACAGAGUCAGAACGCGCCAAAGUCCGCAAAGCCAUGGAAAACAUGCUCCAAAAAGCCGCCCUCAAGAUCCUCACCGUCGUCAACCGCGACAAAGACCACAUCCCGCCCAUCACCACCAGCGACUCCAACCCUUUCCCCUACCGCGUCGUAGUCAACCCGCGCACAGACGGCUGGCAGAACCGGUUUGGGCUGUACUGAUCAUCAGCCACAUACAUCCAUAUAUCCACACCUACAUUGUUGACGACUUUUCAUGACCUUAUGCGAAGCAAUCAUUGCGUUUGAUUCCUACUCCUGCUCCGACUUGUUACUCUGGGCUACGGUACCCGGUGUAGCGUGAUGUCGGUAUAUAGAAAGAAAGAAAGAAAGAAAGAAAGAAAGAACUCGCUUUUACGAUAUCCUGUCUCGUCUCUUUUUGCUGCUGUUCAAUUUUAUCUAUGUCUUCUAGCUCGGGUUUUUCCUGUACAUUACUACUCAUACGUCCUGAAUACUACUACCAGAAUUUAAAUCCAC